AUGGCUCUCUCUGCUCGCUGCGGGCAGCAGGCAGCCUCCAUCCUCCGACAGCGAUGUCUCCUUGACUCCUCACGCGCAGCCUCUCUCCGCUCCUUCUCUACCAAAAUCCCUACCUCUUCUUGCUCCGUCACCUCAGCUGCCCUCCGCCUGAAACAAAAUGCCCUUUAUGCGUCAUCUUCUCGAUCACAACAACUGCGAUUGUUCUCCAGUUGCCUGCACAAAUUGGCUUCCGAGGCGCCCCCGUCCGCAGAAGCGUAUAUGGCCAGCGGAGCGGUGAACUCGUCGCCUGACUUAGUCGAUGUCAAGAAGGUGUUGGUUAUCGGUAGUGGUGGUUUGAGUAUUGGACAGGCUGGAGAGUUUGAUUAUUCUGGUUCCCAAGCUCUAAAAGCUCUCAAAGAGGCCGGCGUCAAGUCCGUGCUGAUCAACCCCAACAUCGCAACUAUCCAGACCGACCACAAGUUGGCCGACGAAGUAUACUAUCUCCCAGUCACCCCCGAAUACGUAACUCACGUGAUUGAGCGCGAGCAGCCUGAUGGUAUUUUCCUGAGUUUUGGCGGUCAGACCGCUCUCAACUUGGGUGUUCAGAUGAACCGCAUGGGUAUCUUUGAGCGAUACGGUGUCCGAGUGUUGGGAACUAGUGUUCGUACUUUGGAGACCAGUGAGGACCGUGACCUGUUCGCCAAAGCCUUGAAUGAAAUCAGCAUCCCCAUUGCAGAGUCUAUUGCUUGCAACACUGUCGAUGACGCGCUGGAAGCUGCUGACCAGAUUGGUUACCCUAUCAUUGUUCGGUCUGCUUACGCUUUGGGUGGUCUCGGUUCUGGUUUCGCCAACAAUCGCGAGGAAUUGAAGAACUUGUCUUCCCGCUCGCUCAGUCUUGCGCCUCAGAUUCUGGUCGAGAAGUCGCUCAAGGGCUGGAAGGAGGUUGAAUAUGAAGUCGUUCGUGAUGCAAAGAACAACUGUAUUACCGUCUGCAACAUGGAGAACUUCGACCCUCUUGGAAUCCACACCGGUGACAGUAUCGUCGUUGCCCCCAGUCAGACCCUCUCCGAUGAAGAAUACCACAUGCUCCGUACCGCUGCUAUCAAGAUUGUCCGCCAUCUUGGUGUUGUCGGAGAGUGCAAUGUCCAGUAUGCUCUGCAACCCGAUGGUCUUGACUACCGAGUUAUCGAGGUCAAUGCCCGUUUGUCUCGUUCUUCCGCUUUAGCUUCCAAGGCUACUGGUUACCCCUUGGCCUACACUGCGGCCAAGAUUGGCUUGGGACACUCUUUGCCCGAAUUGCCAAAUGCCGUCACCAAGACCACCACCGCCAACUUCGAGCCCAGUCUGGAUUACAUUGUCACCAAGAUUCCCCGAUGGGAUUUGAGCAAGUUCCAGCACGUCAAGCGUGAUAUUGGCAGUGCUAUGAAGUCUGUCGGUGAGGUCAUGGCUAUUGGUCGCACCUUUGAAGAAUCCUUUCAAAAGGCUAUUCGUCAAGUUGACCCCCGAUUUGUCGGCUUCCAGGGUGACCACUUUGAGGACCUCGAUGAGACUCUGCGAAACCCAACUGACCGCCGGUGGCUGGCUGUCGGUCAGGCUAUGCUUCACGAGAACUACUCCGUUGAAAAGGUACAUGAUCUGACCAAGAUCGACAAGUGGUUCUUGUACAAGCUCCAGAACAUUGUCGACUGCCAGAACGAACUCAAGGAAAUUGGCAGCCUCUUUGGUCUCAAGAAGGAAAUCCUCAUGAAGUCCAAGAAGCUUGGUUUCUCCGAUAAGCAGAUUGCUAUGUGCGUUGGAUCUACCGAAGACGAUGUUCGUGCCCGUCGAUUGAGCUUCGGUAUCCGUCCCUGGGUCAAGAAGAUUGAUACUCUUGCUGCCGAAUUCCCUGCCGAUACCAACUACCUCUACACUACAUACAACGCGUCUUCUCACGAUGUCACUUUUGAUGACCACGGUACUAUCAUUCUCGGUAGUGGUGUCUACCGUAUCGGUAGCUCCGUCGAGUUCGAUUGGUGUGCCGUCAACGCUACCUUGUCUUUGAGAAACAUGGGCAAGAAGACUGUCAUGAUCAACUACAACCCGGAGACAUACUCUACCGAUUUCGACACUGCUGACAAACUCUACUUUGAGGAACUCAGUUACGAACGUGUUAUGGAUAUCUACGAGUUGGAGAACGCUAGCGGUGUCGUUGUCUCUGUCGGCGGUCAAUUGCCUCAGAACAUUGCUCUCCGCUUGCAAGAAAAGGGUGGCGCUCAUAUUCUUGGUACCGACCCCGCUGAUAUCGACAAGGCUGAAGAUCGCCACAAGUUCUCUCAGAUUCUAGAUAGCAUCGGUGUUGACCAGCCUGCCUGGAAGGAACUUACUUCUGUCGCUGAAGCCGAGAAGUUUGCCGACACUGUUGGAUACCCCGUUCUUGUCCGCCCCAGUUACGUCCUGUCUGGUGCCGCCAUGAGCGUUAUCUACAGCCAGGAUGAGCUCAAGGAGAAGCUCCUCAACGCCAGCUCCGUCUCUCCUGACCACCCCGUCGUCAUUACCAAGUUUAUCGAAGGUGCUCAAGAAAUUGACGUUGAUGCCGUCGGUUCUAACGGAAAGUUGAUUCUCCACGCUGUCAGUGAGCACGUCGAAAACGCCGGUGUGCACUCUGGUGAUGCCACUCUUGUCCUUCCCCCUACGUCCCUCGAGCAGCCCGUCAUGGACCGCGUCAAGGUUAUUGCCGAAAAGGUCGCCAAGGCCUGGAACAUCACCGGACCCUUCAACAUGCAAAUCAUCAAGGCCGAAAACCCCGAAGGUGGUGAGCCUCUGUUGAAGGUCAUUGAAUGUAAUUUGCGUGCUUCCCGUUCAUUCCCCUUCGUCAGCAAAGUCCUUGGUACCAACUUCAUCGACGUCGCUACCAAGGCUCUCGUUGGCCGUGACGUUCCCGAGCCCGUUGACCUUAUGACCACCAAACGUGACUACGUCGCUACCAAGGUGCCCCAAUUCUCCUGGACCCGUCUUGCCGGCGCCGACCCCUUCUUGGGUGUCGAGAUGGCCAGUACCGGUGAAAUCGCAUGUUUCGGUAAAGACCUUGUCGAAGCCUACUGGGCUUCUUUGCAAUCCACCAUGAACUUCCGCUUGCCUCAAAUCGGCGAGGGUCUCUUGUUCGGUGGUGACUACCUCGAUUCCCUGUCCCAGAUUGUGGAUUACUUGCAACCCUUGAAGUACAAGCUCUAUGCCGCCAGCCCUGAAGUCAAGGCUGCAUUGGAGAGCCGUGCCAAGACCCCGAUUAGCAUCGAAGUUAUCGAAUUCCCCAAGGAAGACAAACGUGCUCUCCGCGAGGUAUUCCAGAAGUAUGAUAUUCGUGGUGUGUUCAACUUGGCCAAGCACCGUGGCAAGACUUUGUUGGACGAGGAUUAUGUCAUGCGCCGUAACGCAGUUGACUUCGGUGUGCCGUUGUUUAUGGAGCCAAAGACCGCCGUCCUCUUCGCUCAAUGCAUGAAUGAAAAACUCCCCCGGGAAGAAGGCAUUCCCUCCGAGGUCCGAAGCUGGUCUGAUUUUGCAGGUGGUAAAAUGAUGUAA